ACCCGGAGAGCCUCGCAGACAGAGAGGAACCCAAGCAACUCCUGCAUCUCCAUCUCCAAUCCUCACCCUCUUAAAACUUCCUCACCCCUGCUGACUCACCUCUCACAAUAGACUUCCUCUCCAAGCCUGAAGGGAAAAGAAGGGGCGAUACGGUUUCUGUACAACAAUGGAAAUUCAAUCAGGAAAUGGAGAGGAGGUGGCGAGUACAGUGUCGACGACCUCGGGCUUCGUUUCCCAGAGUUCCCCUGGGCCGCAGGUAGAGGCAUCACACGAUCCAGUGCUCAGAGAGGACCUGCAGGCUGCCAAGAGGAUUGAGAGGUUUGACAUUCCACUUGAUAACCUGAAGAGGAUGUUUGAGAAGUCUGGUGCUGGAAACACAGAAGUGACAAGCACCUCCUCGCCCAAAAGAGUGUCGUCCGGUAGUGGCACACAGGCUCACCCUUCACCAGAUCUCACCAUGGACUCCCCUAAGGACAGCGCUCUUUGUCCACCAGGACGUCCUGAGGAAGAGCAGGAGGGCGAGUCGGUGUCGGUGAAGGAGCGUCUGGCGAUGUAUCAGGCGGCCGUGUCCAAGAAAGAAACCAGCAGCUCCUCCUCUGCAGCGGUGAUGGAUGAGUCCGAGACCUGUUCGCUGCCAGGAGGUCUGGCCAGUGUGAAGAAACAGUUUGAGAGCCAGGAGUUUGCCUCUUCAUCCUCCCAGUCCAGCGUCGCCCAGUUUCACUACGAGCAGAGAUCUGUGCAGGAGGUGUCAAGCUCCUCGGAAGUGACGGUGAGAAGCAGUGCCAGAGAGGUCGUUCCCGCUACAACCCUCUUUCACAGUCAACAAGAGGUGAUCCAUGACGAAAGAGUCCACCAGAACAAUGUGGCUGCCAGCUACGGGAACCAUUACAAUGAAACAGUUAUGCUCGUCGGAAGCGAGGACUUACCAAAGGUUUCCACUCAGGCUUUGAAGCAGCAGUAUGAAAAAACGAUUGAGGAAGCCGCACCAGCCAAGGAAAUUAAGGUUGAUGUGGAUUUCAACCAGUUUCAGUGGACACCAGUUCAUCAGUCCUCCAAAGCCUCAACCAAGACAAGCUAUGACAUGUCCUCCACCGUAAAGACGGCCAGUGCCUCAUCCGUAGCGUCCGCCUCUUCAGUUAAUUAUGAGAUGCCCGAUCACUUCCCUCCCCCACCCAUGAACCUGUUACAGGACACUCCUGAGUGCAUCUCUUCCCAGACUCAAGACUCAGCCUCCCAGCAUAAGCACACUGCUUCUAAGGAGCAGUACUUUAAACACAAGAGCCAGGCUGAACUAAAGCGCAUCUACAAGCACAUGAAUCCAGACGUACGCAAGAACCUCGAGGAGGACUUCUUGCUUGAGCUCACUGAAGCGGAGAAGAAGGACUUUGAAAGCGAGGAGCUGGUGGGAGAAGUCCAGCAGGCGUGCUAUUUGUUUGAAAAUGACGGUGACAACUCGAGUAGGGGUUCGAGUCCUGACAGAGAGUCCGUGGAGUGGGACGAGGUCCUCAAAGGCGAAGUGCAGAACAGGCGCUGGAUGUUUGAAAAUAAGGCUCUUGAUGAGAUCAAAAAUGACACACUGGAUGAGGACGAGGUGAGGAAUAUCGCCCAGCAGGAAAUCAUUGCGGGCAAAGAUGUCAGACACACAGCUUGGAUGUUUGAGACUAAGCCCAUGGAUGCUCUCGGGAUAGAAGGGACUGAAUCCGCAGAGCAGUUGCAGAAAUCGACUGAUCUCGCAAGAGGAGAUGUCCGUACUGCUACAUGGCUUUUUGAGACGCAGCCACUGGAUUAUCUCAAUAAGAUUUACCAAGAAGACGAGCAGGAGACUGAUAUUGUCGCCACCAAGAGCAUUACGGGCGGAGAUGUGAAAACGGCUAGAUAUCUCUUUGAGACCCAGCAUCUGGAUUCAAUGGGGAAAACAGAAACCAUUGAGGAGAGCCACUUCCUUAACCUGAAGUCAGAGCUGGAAGAAAUCAAAGGCGAUGUGAAGACAACCACUCGCAUGUUUGAGACCCAGCCCAUGUGUGUCAUUAGGGGGGAUUCAGGAGAGAUGUUGGAGAUCACCACCAUCCGCAGGGAGGAGACGGCGAAAGGAGACGUCAAGACAUCCCGCUGGAUGUUUGAAACCGAGCCUCUGGAUAUGAUCAAUAAAGACCCUGCGAUGGUGAAGCUCAUUUGUGGCAUAUCCAUGGAGGACAACAUCCAAGGCGGUGUGAACAAAGGUAGAUGGCUUUUUGAGACAAAGACCCUUGACACCAUUAAGGAUGAGGAGUGGGAGGGUUCCAGGAAGCAAAAGGAAGACAUAAUUGGUGCUGAUGUGAGGAAGCACUGUCUGGUUUUCGAGACUCAGUCUAUGGAUACUCUGAAAGACAACGCCAAUGCUAGACCUUUACCUGCAGAGGAAAUUGUAGGAGGAGAUGUUCGAUCAGCCAAACAUCUGUUCGAGACAGUACCCAUGGAAAAUCUGAAAGAACUGCUGGAAGUGGGAAAACUGAAGAAAAUGGUUGCAUCUGAAGAGGAAAAGGGAGAUGUGAGGCAUCAAAAGUGGGUCUUUGAGAGCCAGCCCCUGGAGAAUAUAAGAGAGGAGAAGAGGGAGAUUACAAGAACUGUGAACGUUGAAGCUCUCGAAAUAGGAGAUGUGACAAACUAUAAAGAAAGGUUUGAAAGUAUGGAUUUAAGCAAGUGUGAAGGAACACAGAGAAUUCAAGUUGAAGGUGUCACAAGUGGAUCCGUCAAAUCCAACAGAGUUCUUUUUGAAUCUACCCCGAUGUAUGCUAUGCAAGACAGCUUUGGUCAUUAUCACGAGGUAAAGACCGUGAGGCGGGAGGAGAUUGUGAAGGGUGAUGUGCGCAGCUGCAGAUGGAUGUUUGAAACACGUCCCAUUGAUGAGUUUGAUGAAAGCAUCAAUAAGUUUCAGAUCAUAAAAGGUAUAUCAAAGCAGGAAGUCCAGUCCGGGGAUGUCAAAACAGCUAAGUGGCUGUUUGAAACUCAAGCGCUUGAUGCCAUUAAAAGUGCCAACCAUUUGGAAGAUGAAGAACAAAAAACUAAGGAAGAUAUUGAAAUUGAGAAAGGGGACGUUAAGACCUGCAGGUGGCUAUUUGAGACUCAACCGAUGGACGUUCUGUAUGAAAAAAUGGAGAAGAGUGAGGCUGAUGUGGAAGAAGUUCAAAAAGGAGAUGUCAAAACAUGCACAUGGCUCUUCGAGACCCAGACACUUGACAACAUACGUGAUCAUACAGAGUCUGACACCAUUCUGAAAACCUGCACUGUGAAUCAAGAUGACGUCCAAGGAAAAGAUGUAAGACUGGCUCGCUUCCUCUUUGAAACUGAGAACCUGGAAAAUAUCACAGGUGAGGACAGGAGGUCUUUCAGGAGGGUCACAAAAAUCGAUAUCGACUCAGGGGAUGUUUCCAGGAUGAAGUACAUCUUUGAGAACCGCUCUUCUGACAUCAUGAGCUCCACUUCCCAGGAAACAAUGCACAGGAUGAAAACGCAGCAGGCCGAGGACAUCCAGGCGGGAAACGUCGUCAACUGCACCUAUAUGUUUGAGAAUCAGCCAAUUGAUGCCAUACGUGACGAUUCCACAGAGACCAAGGAGAGUCGCACUGUGACUGACGUUCAGGGGGGCGACGUUGGCAAAGGCCGCUUCAUCUUUGAGACAUACUCUCUGGAUGAAAUUAAAGAGGAGUCCUCUGAGACUGAUAUUUCUAAACUCGCUAGUAUCUUCAGAGAUAAAGAAGAGAGGGGGGAUGUGAAGAAUUACACCAUGAUGUUUGAAACUCAGCCGCUCUACGCCAUCUGUGACAAAGAGGGCCAUUAUCAUGAAGUAACUACAGUUACCAAGGAGGAAAUCAUUAAAGGAGAUGUGGUGGGAGCUCGAUGGCAGUUUGAGACAAAGCCUCUGGAUUCAAUUAGAGAUUCAGAGCAGGUCUAUGUGAUUAAAUCUGUGACUGAGGAAGGCAUCAACAAAGGAGACGUUAGCUCUGCGAGGUGGAGGUUUGAAACGCAACCCCUGGAUGAAAUUGCAGAGGACAUAAAAACCAGGUCUAAAACAGUUGAAGAUAUCCAAGGAGGCGAUGUAAGGACAAAUAAGCAGCGAUUUGAGACUGAUGAGAUGUCCCAAAGGUACAUCAGAACAGUUAGCGUGAGCGAAAUCCAAAAAGGCGAUGUCAGAUCUGCCACGUGGAUGUUUGAAACGCGCACAAUGGAUGAGAUCCACAGUGAAGGCGCAGAGUACGAUGGCAUGGAGAAAGUGACAAAAGAGGAAGUAAUGAAGGGGGAUGUCAAACAGUCUGUGUGGCUCUUUGAGAAGCAGCCUCUUGACAGCAUCAAACAGACUGACGGAUCAGAGCUCCUUGUCUCCAAGGAGGAAAUCCCACAGGCCGAUGUGAAGACAACUACAUGGCUAUUUGAAACAACUCCCUUCAAUAAUUUCAAUGAGAGCAGCAUGGAAAAGACAGCAAUAAUAGGUAAAAGCGUCAAAGGGACACUUGAGGAGCUUUACAGUCAGAAAAUGGUCGAGUCACAGGGUGUUCUCAUCGAGGCAGAUGAGAUCGGCGAUAUCCGCAUGGCAAAGUAUAAACUGAUGAACCAGGAAGCUCCCCAAAUCCAAAGGGAAGAGAUUAUCAGGGGGGAUCUGAGCAACAUAAUGAUGAACCUGCUGAACCGUAGGGAGAUCACUGAAAAGGGGAUAACUAUUGACAUGGAGGAGCGGGGGAAUAUAAACACCACAGUGAAGCAGCUAUUCACAAAGGAAAGGGGAAUCAAUGUGGAGAAAGAGGAAAUUAUCCGUGGCGACAUUCAAGAGGCCGUAAACAAUCUGCUCAAGAGUGAAGGCUCCUCCAAGCAUGGCAUUCUGAUUCAAGAGGACGAGAAAGGAGACGUGAGGAUGACUAUUUAUUCCCUUUUGAAUAAAGGAGAGAGGUCUAGCACGGAGAAGGAGGACAUCAUUCAUGGUAACGUAAGCAAAACCCUUCAUCGUCUUCUCUCCAACUCAGGAGCAGAAGACGCUAAAAGAAUAAGGGUCGGAGACACGGAAAGGGGUAACGUCAGCUUUUACUCCACAUGCAUUGAGUCAGGAGCCUUGGAUUACCUGAAGCAGCUUCAGGGCCAAACCGAUGAAGCUCAGGAAAAAGUGGAGAAGGAGAAUAUCAUAGGUGGCGACAUUCAGGAGACCAAAAUCUUGCUGCAGAAGAAUCAGCAGCAGAUUGGUCGCACUGUGGCAGAGCAAGACAUACUUCCCGGUGACGUUCACAGCAAUGUUAAAGUCUUCAUGACAGAGCCUGCGGUUACCUACAGGAACCUGGAGAAAAGGGAUAUUGUUAAAGGUGACCUUACUGCAGCCAUGAGUUCACUGACCCAUGCCAUCAAUCAGAAAGUGGUCAUCGACAAAGAGGAGGUGGUGAAGGGAGACAUACCUACUACUUUAAGGUCUCUGGAGGAGGCGCAGCAUCAAAAUAAAGGAAUGGAAAAGCCUGAAAUUGUCAGGGGAGACAUCAGAGGUGCCCUCGUGUCACUGGAGAAAUCUGCAACCACCAAUACGGGAGCGACUGUGGAAGAUCUGGUGCCGGGUGAUAUCAAAGGAACCCUGAAGUCCCUAGAGGAGGCAAAGCAAGCUGUAAAAGAGGUGGAAAAAGAGGAAAUCCUCAAAGGAGACAUCCACAUGGCCAUGCAGAGUUUACAUGUAGCAACAAGCGAGAAAAAGACUUACCAGCAUCAAGUGAGCGAACAAGGGGAUGUUAAAGCCACCAUCCAGCACUUGCUAGAGCCAACGACUUCUCCUAAAAUGCAGCGCAGGGGGAGCAUUGAAGGAGAUGUAAAAACUUCUAUAAAAUGUCUCUAUGAAGGACAGGAUUCAACACUGAUGGAGAAAGAGGAAGUGGUAAAAGGGGACGUUCAAGGUGCAAUAAAGAAUCUAAUGCAAAGAAAACAAUAUUCAAAUCCCAAGCGUUCACACAAGAAAGCAAAAGUGCCCGUGAAAAAUGCAUUAAAUGUAAAGCAAGUGGAGCAUGAAUGCCUACAUGAAGCCAAGAGUGAGAGUGUGGCAGUCAAUCCAGCCCCCGCUGUGAAAAAGCUCUCUGAGAGCAGUGAGUCACAGAAGCACACACAGAGGCAGAACGAAAGCAAAUCGUUGCAAACGCAGGUAAUAACCCAAGAGGAACACUCUGUUACUGUAGCCAAAACAGACAAUACUACUGGGGCCUCUCAACACAAGAGCAUGAAAGAACAAAAACCCAAAGUGCUGCCCCCACAGAAAAUACAAGCUCCCAAGCCUAUUAUGAUAAAGCAUAAACAAAUGACUAAUAAUGAUCAAACAGAAUCAAAAGCAGUCGAUGUGAACGUGAUGAAAGAGGUGCAUAGCACAUCACAGAGCAAUAUUUCAAACAAGCAAUCGUGUGAAACAAAGACAAUCAAACAGGUGCAGACUACAGUGACGGAGAAAACGGUCGUGCAUAAGCAGAAUGUGUCCGAGCAGAUGUCUCAAAAGCAAACUGAGAAGAAGGAAAUCACACAAAAGCAAACUGAGAAGAAGGAAAUCACACAAAAGCAAACUGAGAAAAAGGAAAUCACACAAAAGCACAACAUGAAAAAUAUAAAGGGUGAAUACCGUAACCUGGACAUGAAAGGGAAAAGUGUAAUCAAAAAGGCCAGGCCGGAGAUUCACUUCCCCCCUCCUCCCUCUUCACCGCCUCCGUCCUCAGAGUCUGAGCUCUCUCUCCCUCCACCGCCAUCCCCAGUGCUGGAGUGCCCAGCCCCCCCUACUUCUAUCAUGAGGCAGGACAGCGACCUCCCACCUCCACCACCUCCGCCUCCCAUGGAAGGCAAGUCUGAGCCUGACUUUUUCCCUCUUCCUCCACCUCCUCCGCAAGAUUUUCUCCCUCCACCUCCCUCUCAGCAGGAGCUUUAUGCUAUGCCCCAGUCUCCCCCUGCUAAGCUGGGAAAACCCAUCGGCAAGCCUUUAUUCAAAGUGCCCAAGCAACCAGAAACACUGAAGCUCCCGGUACAAGUUAAACCUAAAUGGCAGAAAAAGCAGCCCACUCCUUCACCACCCCCACCCCCACCUCCACCUCCACCUCAGCUCCCUCCUGAGCAAGCAGAAACUGUCUCAACAGAGCGUAAAGAAGAAGUUCAUGAAGUGAAAAUGGAAACCAAACACAUUGAAACAAGCAAACAGAUUCAGUCUGAGUCAAAAGCAAUGUCACCAACAAAAAUACCAAGCAUCCCAGCUAUGAAACCUAGAGAGAGUCCACAGCCGCCUAAAAAAGUGUUUGUCCCUCCUAUUAAACUGCCUCCAACUCCUGAACCCCCAAAAUCGAGACCUUUUGCUCGCAAAUUUAAAACCCCUCUCAUGCUUGCAGAGGAAAGGUACCGCCUACAGCUAGAGAAAGAGGAGUCCAUGAAGAGUACUGUCACAUCUCCCACUUCUCCACCAAUUAAUCUACCCUCCUUUGCUGCCAGUCCUGAGCCUCCUGCAGCACAGAAAACGGACCCAGAGGUCGCCACGGAAGCCACAAAGGCAAAGUGCGAAGAAGUUAAGGCUAUUUCCAAAGAAGGUACACCGCCUCCCAAGAAAACCCCUUCCCAGAUCCCUUUGAGCAAACCCUUGAUCUCAGUGGUAAAUAAGAAAUCAGCUACAGGAUCUUCAAGUGUGUCCGUAGAUAAAAAGCACGUUGCCAGCGAGCACUCCUCAGAAAAAGUGCUUGCCUCAACUGAUGUCACUGCAAAGAGCCAAACCGCAGCCAAGAAUCAGACCGUCGUUUCUCAGUCUCAUCGUGAGGCCUCAAGUAUUGAAGUCCAGUCAUGCUCAAAUGUGGUCACUUCUUCUGUCACGGAGCAGCAGCAGUUUAUUAAGAAAUCCAGCACCAGGUCUAUCACUGCCACACAAAGUGAUGUCCAUGAAAAUGCAAAUCUACAAAGCCAGACUGCGGUCACUUUGAAAGCUGAAGAUGUAAAGAAUAUUAAUGCGCCUCUGACACUGGAGGGGAAAAUGAGUCCCUCUCAUCCCACAAAAAUCCCAAAGGUAACUCCAAGUUUCAAGGUGAAAACCUUCAAGAUGCCAACAGAGAAGAAAGAGGAAAAGUUGGACUGCGAGAUGAAAGGUGAAGUGCAUUUACAGCAAGAGAAAAGCAAUGUUUCACAGAAAAGUGAAACAAAAGUGAGUCAGAAUAGCGACCAGGUGACGUCUGCAAAAACUGAGAUGAAAACAGAAAUUAAAGUAAGUGAGAAGAAUAGUCACGUGACCCCACCUAUGGAGAAAGUCAAAGUGGAGGUGCAAGUGAAAAAGGGAACACAGAUGCAAAAGAAAGAGGCUGGAGUACAGCUGUCACCAUCAGUCACCGUUUUAAUGCCCAAGGUGGCUAAGAUAACAUCUGCAGCAACUCAUCAAGGACAAAGCCAUGCAUCCGUGUCCCACAGUCAGCAGAGCAUGAAGACAGAGAGCGUGCAAAGACACGAGGAGGUGGUGGUGACUGAGAGGGUGGUGCAGCAGCAACGCCUUCAGAAGCAGGAGGUCGUUCAGGUGCAAAAACAAAUAAAUGUUCAGACAGCAGAAACAAGUAAAACGCAGAUAAAUGCAAUAAAGUCCAAAGAUUUCCCUAAGAACGUGUCUGCACAAGCAAUUGGGAAAAUGACCCAUAAAGAGGAGGCUCUUUCCGAAGAAAUCACAGAUUUUGAGAAAUGUAAUGUAAUGCAGAAGCUGCUCGUUGAAAUAAAGGAGCUGGAAGGCACACCGAGCAAAAUAAACUCCAACUCUGUCAGGAUGAUAAUAACCGAAGUCCCUGACUGGGCCAUGGGCGCGGAUGAGAAAAAUAAUUUAAGUGAAAUUGCUAAACAGCAAAGUAAGAAAAAGCUGAAAGAGAUGAUGGUGUAUGUGAAGAACAUUUUCCAAACAAAGCUCAUAACUUUAAGGGAAACCUUGACAGCCGUGGAAGAGAAGGAAGAGAAGGAAGAGAAGGAAGAGAAGGAAGAAGCGCCAGCGCCGCCGGCAGUGCCUCCAAAACCUGACAAGAAAGUUUUCAGCGGAGCAACCACCAAGAUUUCAAAGAUCAGUAUCGGCUCGUCUAAGAGUGAAAGGAAGGUGGUGGAGGAGAAAAAGUCAAUCCAGGAGAGAAAAGUGCACCAGGAGAUAAGUGAGGCGUCUGAUCAGAGGGUGUCCUCCCCGUUAGCCAGCAUCCGAAGUCCCUCACCCACUUUUAUUAGUAUUGAGUCAAGGAGGAUCGACUCGCCCCUCAGAGUGACCCCGUCUCCUCCACCCUACAAGUCAGUCGGGACGCCCCCGCCUCCUCCUCGCAAGUCAUUCACUCCCACAUCUCCCUUUAGAGCCACGCCGUCACCUACGAUGAGUCGCUCAGAGAAGCUGAUGAAACUGAGGGAUACCACCUCCAUGCUCUCUCGCGGCUUCACCCCACCACCUCCCAUGCAGGUGCAAGAGUGUUUUGCAGCUGAACGAGAGCUAUCUUCCUCACUAAGCGACAGGGAGACUCCCGUAGAGAGAGAUGAGCAAAGGUUGAUGGAAGCUGCAGAAAGUGGGGACUCCAUGAUGACUGUAAGAGAUAAGAAGUCUUUCUUUGAGGAGGCGCAGAAGGCGGAGGUGAGCAAGACGUACAUGCGUAAGGAUCCCAUCGAUAUCCCUGAGCGACUGGGAGCUGAUGCAGAAGAAGGCACUGACGUUGUGACUAUAGACCUCACGAAAGAGCAUCUCCCAAGAGUUGAUCUGUCUAAGCUGGUAAACAGAUUUGAGUCCCCGCAACCAAAGGUCUACAACAGAAAAGAGCCUAUUGUCAUCACGGAGAGGCUGGGGAGCGAUACGGAGGAAGCGGAGGACGAGGGGCCGAAAACGGACGAAAUCCCGACAUUCAACGUCAAGGCGAUAAAGAAUGUGUUUGAGACAGGAGAGCUCAGUUCUCAGGCGGCACGAGACCUCAGAGAACAAAUCGAAAGAAGGGAAUCUGAGCCGGCGGGUCACUCAGAAACGACAGCGGUCGCCGAGCAAUUCUGCACCAUUGACAUCUUCGGGAACAUCACAGACGGGAGUGAGGGCUCCGUGACCCGCGGUAACCCUCCGUCCUACGCCGAUGUGGUGAGAGGCGCGGUCCAGACAGUCCCCGUGCCCCCAGAGGCGUCCACCGAGGAACUGCUGAGAAAUUUCCAGCAAUCGUGGGCCGAGAGCCAAGGAGUUUUCCAGAACCUGGGUUUCAGCGUCACCGAGCAGAGGACUUCACAGAUCGUGACGCACCAGCAGCAGACUGUCGUGACGGAAAAUUCGAGUUCCAGAGUCCGAACUGUGCAGGGUGUGUCGGAAGAGGGUUUACCCGAUGGAGUCGCUGAUCGCAGACAAACACAACUUCCAUAAAAGCUGCUUUCGCUGCGAGCACUGCCGAGGCAAACUAAGUCUUGGAAACUAUGCCUCUCUCCAUGGACGAAUGUACUGCAAGCCACACUUCACGCAACUGUUCAAAUCCAAAGGAAAUUACGAUGAGGGAUUUGGACAGAAACCACACAAAGAACUAUGGAGUAAUAAGGAGAAUUCACCCGAAAAGACAAAA